UGUUAAAAUGUUUUGUGCUCUUCCCUGGAUUUUAUUAUUCGGUCUCUGCUAGAUAAAUCUCCACACAAUAGUUCUUGGUGCUGACUACAUACUGUGCUCUAUAUAAUUCGAUAGUUUUUUUUAUUACAAAAAAAACUAAAAUAAUUUUUCAUCGUUGAAAAAUAGUUUCUUUUUCAUUUGAUUUUUUUUUUGGUGAAAGAAUUUGAAUCAGUGAUUUUUCUACUUAUUCAAAUAGUUUCAACUUUGGUGAAAUAUCAACUAAAAAAAAAGUGAGAAAAAAGUUCAAAAAAUGAGAGGAGAAUAAUUAAGGAAUAACAGACAUAUUUCUGGCUACCAACGGAUUAAUCCCAAAGCAAGAGCCAGAUUAAUUUUCCAGAUUUCCCAACAUAAUUAAGUGUUAAAGUGAAAUUUCUCGAAAUUCUCAUUUAAUAAUUAAAUUCUGUGACUUUUAUGUGGUUUUUGUUUAUAGGUCGACAAACUCCAUCAAAUGACGCAAAAAAAUCUUCGUGAUAUCAAGUUGUAAAAGAAAAUAUGAACCUCCUAAAAGCUUCUCUGGAACUUUCACAGAAAAACGAUGAAAAGAUCUAAAAUCAUACAAAAUGGACAUGUUAAACAGCUGAGACAGUCAAAAUGGACAAGUGUGUGUAGUACCCAAGAGACUACUUAACAUUAAAAAAAAAAGCUUUCCCCGGUGUUGAAAAGAAACGGUGAAAAAAUGGUGAAGACAUUUGGGGUAGUAGAAAAAAUUUUCCACUUGAUUGUUCUGAGUGUUUUAUUUAUCGUGAAAUUAACUGUUUUGGACUGUUCUAUGUUUAACCUAUUAUCACCUACUAUGAGUGAUACAAACAUCACAAACUUCUAUAAAACAACAAUUUCAAGUGGAAUUGAGAGCUUCGAGACGAAGCAUAAUGGUGGUUAUGAGUUGCAGUGUUGGAAUUCAGUAAUUGAGGCCGAGCUUGAGUGCAGAUGCAGCGGGAGUUCAUUGCUGAGAAUACCCCAAGUUCUACCCGUCCACGUGCAGUCGCUCACAAUUGUUUCAGCUGGCAUCCCAAUACUUAGGGCAGUUGGGUUGAAGCUCUAUGCAAAUAGUUUGAGAGAUUUAACACUAAAUGAUCUGCCCAACUUUCGUGCCAUUGAGUCGAGAGCUUUUGAGAAUAUGCACCAACUUCGUACAAUAUAUAUUUCUCAAGCACCAAACUUGCAGUAUUUGUCAGCUGAUGUCUUUCAGGGGAUUUCAAAGUCACUGAAGACUCUAAGAAUCCUCAACUGUGGUCUCGAAAAAGUACCCGACUUGAGAUAUUUGUAUUCCGAUGUGAUUUUACAGAUGGUGGACUUGGAGGGCAAUCGUAUUUCUAAGAUAGAGGAAAAGUCUGUGAGAGUGAAGACUGAACAAUUUAUUCUCGACAAUAAUGACUUGACAACUGUAGAAAAUAAUGCAUUUGAGGGAUCAGAAAUUGCAAAGCUGAGCUUGAAAGGCAACACCCAAUUAAGGAAACUCCAUGACCUCGCUUUCAUGGGUAUUCUCAACAUUCAAGAAUUAGACUUGUCGAGUACAUCGCUUGAGGCCAUACCAACAGACGGGCUGGGAGGUCUUGAAAUUCUUCGAAUUCAAAAUACUCAUUCCCUUAAAGUAAUUCCAUCCGUGUACAACUUCAAAAGCUUACGAGAAGCAUGGCUCACACAUCAUUUCCAUUGCUGUGCUUUCAAGUUCCCAUCGCGACAUGAUCCACAAAAUCAUGCCAAGCGACAGAAGCACCUCUCGCUGUUGCAGAAGAAAUGCCAAGAGUACACCAAUCAGGAAUCCAAUACCGUGUCAGUGGAUGAGAAUACAACGUAUGAGUGGCAUGUGAGAGACCACCGAAGUGUUGAACCGCAACAUACUCCAUCCGACCGGCAGCACCAUCGUCCCGCUGGGGAUGUUGCUGCUUCCCACAGGGGGGAAGAAGAGUGGAAAUUAUCUGAUAAUUCAACAAAUAGAAUUUAUGAUAGAUUAGUGGUCAGCUCCGAGGGUGGCGACGCAAGCAAUUCAUUUGAGCACAAUGAGGGUGACUUUGGUAUCUUUCACGAUGAUUCAGCCGAUGUUUCACCCCACCUCCAGGCAACGUGCGGAAAUUUGACUCAAGAAAAAAUUGAUCAAAUCAAGUGCUUCCCCAUCCCCGAUGCCCUAAAUCCAUGCGAGGAUGUUAUGGGGAGCCAUUGGUUGAGAGGUUCCGUGUGGAUUGUCGUUCUUCUGGCUGUCUUUGGGAAUACAGCUGUACUUAUUGUUCUCUUCUCAAACAGAUCCGACGUCACUGUUCCAAAAUUCCUGAUGAGUAACUUGGCAUUUGCUGAUCUCUGCAUGGGCUUCUACCUACUGCUGAUAGCAGCAAUUGACGCUCAUUCCAUGGGGGAGUACUUUAACUUUGCUUUCGACUGGCAGUAUGGAUCGGGAUGCAAAGCAGCUGGAUUCCUUACCGUGUUCGCGAGUCAUUUGUCCGUAUUUACCCUCACAAUAAUUACAAUUGAGAGAUGGUUCGCCAUCACGUAUGCCAUUUAUCUGAAUAGACGUAUCAAAUUGAGAGCUGCCGCCAAUAUAAUGAUUGGUGGAUGGAUUUUCUCCAUUGUAAUGGCAGCACUACCUCUAUUCGGUAUUAGCAAUUACUCAUCAACUAGCAUUUGCCUCCCCAUGGAAGCUCGUGAUUCAUACGAUGUGUCCUACUUGAUCACAGUACUUGCAAUUAAUGGUCUUGCUUUUGCCAUAAUUGUCAUUUGCUAUGCUCAAAUUUAUUACUCACUGGGAAAGGAGACACGCCAAGCAGCGAGAAAUGCAUCCAGCGGAGAGAUGUCAAUUACCAAGAAAAUGGCUCUUCUUAUAUUUACAAAUUUCGCCUGCUGGAGCCCAAUUGCAUUCUUCGGUCUAACCGCCCUUGCUGGCUAUCCACUAAUUGAUGUGGCAAAAUCUAAAAUUAUUCUUGUAUUUUUCUACCCACUCAAUUCAUGUGCCAACCCCUAUUUGUACGCCAUCCUCACUAGUCAAUAUCGACGUGAUCUGUACAUCCUUCUAUCGCGAUGUGGCUUCUGCAAAAAACGUGCCAUGGAGUACAAAUUGACGUAUUCAGUUGCAACACAGAAUACAUUUCCACUCAUCGCCCGAAAUUCCAUUCCGGGAUGCCAGUCGCGAAAAAGCAGUCGUGGUAUUGCAUCAGAGGCUUACGUUUGAUAAUAAAAUAAUAAUAAAUAUUUUACGAACAAUAAUUUACCACAAAAUUGUAUUACAAAUUAGUCAUUAGAAAUUGAGCUAUCCAAACUAGCGAUAUGUUGCUUGUUUUUUUUUAGUCUAUCUGAUUGAAUUAUUGUGAUACUGAGUAUGUAACAAUUACAUCAAAUUUUUACUAUAUAUUGAAUCCUUUCUUUACACUUGAAAGGAAAUUAUAACUGUUAAAUUAAAAAUUAUUUUAAUUAUAUGGAAUUCUCAUUAACAAUGUUCUUAUUAAGUUUUUUGAGAUUAUUAAAAGAUUACAUCGAAGAGCUUGAAAGAAAA